AUCACGUGACUGAAUGUGGCGGGUUUGCUUCUCAUCUGGAGGUCCGAACAGCGCCUUGUUUCCUCCACCAGGUACCUUUCACAGGUGAUACCCGCUCACGUAUUUUUACAUGAAGGUGUGGUUGUGCAAGCUGCUGUGUGGAGCCUGUCAAGUCCCUGCAGCAGCAGGUCUGUCCAGCAGAGGGCGGCAGGAGAAAAGCGAGCUGAGGUGUGUGUGUGUGUGUGUGUGUGUGUGUGUGUGUGUGUGUGUCGGGGCUCUGUGUCUUUAAGGCCGGGUCUCACAGCUCACACACGGCUGCUGACUGGUGCCACGCCGCGGCGCCUGCUCAGUGCCGCCGCCGCUGUUCGGGUCCUGGACGCGGAGCUGCUCCGUCCGUACGUCUGCUGCGCCCCGUGUGUGCGUGAGUGUGCGUGAGUUUGCGUGAGCGCUGUCUGACGGUAAGCUAUGGAUUGACGGGGGGAGGCUAUUGUUGUCAGCCCGGUGGUUUGUUCUGCUGGAGCUGCACUUUCCGCGGAGGAUGUCCACAGGAGCCGGAGCUGUGCCGCUGCACGGAUAGCGCAGACAUACGGCCGAGAAACACGAUAUUGACAUGAAGAAAGACAUUGAGACUCUGAUAGCAGAGGAACGUGCUGAUAUCAUCUUGAAAUAUGCUACGGGCAGGCAGGGUGGGGUGGAGAUCGACCCCUGGGAAGAUGCUGACUACAGCAUCUACAAAGUCAUCGACCGCUUCGGCUUCAUGCAUGCGGAUGAGUUGCCUGCUCCGAGCGCUCACGAGGAAAAGCGGAAGCAGCUGGAGGUCGAGCGAGCAGAGAAGUGGCUGAAGAUGGCGAAGAAGUGGGAUAAAUACAAGAGCAGCGACAGGAUGGUGAAGCGGGUGUAUAAGGGCAUUCCCCUGCAGCUCCGGGGUCGGGCCUGGGCGCUGAUGCUGGACGUGGAGGCCACUAAGAGGGACAACGAGGGCAAAUACGAGAAAAUGAAGGAGCAGGCCAGACUGUACUCGUCUGAGAUCAAACAGAUCGACCUGGACAUCAACAGGACCUUUAGAAACCACAUCAUGUUCAUGGAUCGCUUUGGAGUCAAGCAGCAGUCGCUCUUCCACGUCCUCUCUGCUUAUUCGGUCUACAACACGGAGGUGAGCUACUGCCAGGGGAUGAGUCAGAUCGCCGCCCUGCUGCUGAUGUACAUGAACGAGGAAGAUGCCUUCUGGGCCCUGUCACAGCUGCUGACCAAUCAGAAGCACGCCAUGCACGGAUUUUUUGUUCCCGGCUUCCCAAAACUUCAGCGAUUCCAGGCGCAUCACGAUCAGAUUAUUUCCAAACUCAUCCCCAAGCUGAAGAAGCAUCUGGACAGAGAGCAGAUGUCUACAGGGAUUUACAGCACCAAGUGGUUCCUACAGUGCUUCAUAGACAGGACGCCGUUCACGCUGACCCUUCGUCUGUGGGACAUUUUCAUCCUGGAGGGGGAGCGGCUCCUCACCGCCAUGUCCUACACCAUCCUGAAGAUACACAAGAAGCGUCUGCUGAAGAUGUCUCUGGAGGAGCUCAGGGAGUUCCUGCAGGAGCGGAUCGCUCAGACUUUCUUCUACAGCGACGACGUCAUCAUCGAGCAGCUUCAAGCCUCCAUGACUGAACUGAGGAAGAUGAAGCUGGACCUUCCUCCUCCAGGGAAGCCUGAGGAGUUGCCUCGCAAGCCUCUGGGUCAGGAGCUGCCGGUGCUGUUGAGUCCAGUUCAGCCCUCCAGAGGGAAGCCGUCCUCAGCCAGCGGGUUCCCCAGAGAAAGUCUGAGCCUCCACAUCAUCUCCCACCAGCCUGACUCAAUCUCCCCAGACCAGAGCCCCUCCAAGGACCCCAGGGAUCUGGAUGCUGUGGACGAGGAUGAGGCCCCAUUGCCUUCACCAGACCCCAUCAUCAUCCACAGCCAGGCCCCGCUUACGCCCGACGGCUCCCCACUGAUGGGUCCUCCGCCUUACCAGCCUCCAGGGAGUCAAGCAGCGGUCGCGGUGGGGCACUCCUCACCACCUGAUCAGGAGGGGGAGGGGGAGGAUGCAGAUGUGGUCUCGCUGGCCUCCACAGACGACUCCUCGGCGGCCACUCGCUCAGCUGUCACUGCCGACCAAUCCUCCUGCAAGGUCCCACGGACUCUGUCGGCCCCCACGGCCCAAGUGGCCUCGCUGGCCUCGGGCCUGACUCCGUCUGAGAGUCUGUCUGCAGCAGAGAGGGCUGAGGACACGUACCUGGUCCAGCUCCUGGAGCAGGCCUCAGCUUUGACCACCAACAGGAACCCAAAGCAGGUUAAGACUGAAGCCUCAGAGGAAACCCAAGCUCCAGAAACUUUAUGAAAGCAGUUUAUUGAUUAUGUGUCUGUGGCAGGAAGUGGCUCUGAACAGGUUCUGUAAAGGUCAGCUUUGUUGUUUGUGUUUCGGUGAAGAACCACAGGAGUGUGAUUUAUCAGUCAGACUAUCGAUGUCAAACAACGAUUGCUUAAAAAUCAUUUCCAUAAUCGUUUAACACAGUGUGACUCGAUAUCAGGUUUGUAGAAGUCAAAGUUGAGUGAACUCGCUGAUUGGCUCUGAGCAGCAAGUUCUGUACUGAUUUAGUGUCUCAGAAACACACUCACAGUUUAACUGGACUAAAACCAGCGAAGACCUCUGAGUGGGUGCGUGAAGAGGGAUGACGCCUGCAUGUUUGACAACAUGAGGAAAUCACCACCAUGUUUCUUCUUGUUGGUUUAAUUUGUACAGGCUGAGGUUCUGUUUGCAGAAAUAUGAAGCCAAAAAUACAGCUUAAAUCUCACAAAAUUCACUAAUCUCUCAAUUUAUAUUUAGCAAGAAUCCACUGGGUGGUGGGCUGUGAGUAAACGUUUUCAAGCUGCUCUCAUGGCUUGGAAAUGAAUCGAUAAACCAGUUAAAUUUGACUGAGCUGUGUGGAAUUUGCCAAAGCAGGCCUGGCCAGUGUUGCAUCUGGCCUUUAGUGUGACGUGUCUCUUCAGUCAAACUGGUGUCUUUGAGUGGAGGUUCUGUCUCAAGGUGGGCUACAGAUCUAUAAAUCUUUACAAGUCUGAAGUGUUUUCCAAGCAGGGAGGGUCUAAUGAAAGAUUCUGCUGAGUUGCAUUCUGGGAGGUGUAAGAUUGUUUCUGAGUCAAACUCAAGUUAAAUUUGUCCCUUUUGUAUUAAUCAGUUGCUCCCAGAUUGUACGGAUGUGGAACGCAGUGCAAACCAGCUGAAUGUGGUUUCGGUUGCAGAGAAAUCACAAAUACCAGCAUAGCAUGAAGUGAAACAGUUUCAUUAUCUAAUUACUUUAACACAGACACAGAUAAGCUGACUGAUGAGACGGCGUUAAGACUCUGGAGCAGCUGCACUGUUUCCUGUUUGACUGAAAAAAGCCUGAAUCACCUGGGAGGUCAAUCUGAUGGUAUUUUCCUGCAGGGAAGAGGACUGGGAAAGCGGGCGUCUCUGAGGCAUCACCUUUUACAAUAAAAAACGUUUUUGUAGUUUUGUAACAUUUCGUCAGAGAACAAAAUGUUGCCUGGUCAGCCUUUGUAAAAUGUUUGCUAGCAGAGUUCCGGUUUUAUUUUUUGUACUAAUGUCUGGAUGCCUUAUUCGGAUCAGCUUCAGUUCUGCUGUGGACGCUGGUGAUGUUAAGCCCUGCACAACAACAGAGGAAGUGAUGUCGUUGGGCACAACGUGGGCACAUAGAGCGGCUGUCAGGUGUCGGACUGAACACCAGGCCUCGGACAUGGUGAGCUGGCUCACUGCUGAUUGUACACACUGAAACCAAUCGAGCUCAUUUUAAAUAAGCGUUUUUCUAGCUUUAUAAUUUAUUGUUUUAUCCUCUGCAGAAAAUUUAAUAACCGCUUGUGUGCUCAUCCUUUUUAAGAACUGGAAUAUGUGCUGCAUUUCCCAUAAUGAGCCGCCUGAGCGCUGAACACAGCCUUUGUUUUUAGUCUCACAGAGGAGGAUGGGGAUUUAGACCUGUCACAUUUUGUUAACGUUGUGCUUAGAAAUGUACAGUAUUGUAGAACCAGUCGGAGGAGCUGGACCCAGUGUUCCCAUCUGAGGGUGGAGACAGCGUUUCUCCAGCUCCGUGCUUAGAAAUAGUGAAAGGCUGACAUCUUGUGGUCACUUUAGGUAAAGCAUGUCUCUCUCUUCAUCUAGCCCAGUAGGAUUGUUGUAGAAAGAGUUUUGAACAUUUAGAAACCAUCCAGAUCAGAUUAGAAAUAUUCAGUCUUUCAAUUUGAUGCCAUUGUUUUGAACGAUGUGAAUACGUUGAGGCUUUUUAUGAAAUCUGACUGUAUUUCAGUGUUUAAACUCCCAGCUAACCGAAACAUGUUUCGGAUUUGUGUAUCAAGAGUAGCCACAGUCCAAUCGAUUACUCUGUGUUUUUCCUCAGCGUCUUCUUUAAUGAGGUGCAGUUAAAGUUGUAUGACAUUGUUAGGCACUUAAGUGUGGGUGUAAAACUAAAUGUUGAAUUCUUGGCUACAAGUCUGUUAUACAUUGAAAUCUACAGCACCUUUUUGUUAGAAACCCUGGAGCUGAAACAAAACAACUUUACCUUCUUUGAUUCUCUGUUUCUCGGUCUGUAAGAGCAAAGUGGAGGAGCAGAUGAACGCAUAGAAAUGCACUUAAAGUUUGUGUAUGAAAUCUCAGACUGUUGACAAAACCACCGGGAAGGAAUUUCAAGGAUUUCUUUUGGAAUACGGGCUUAAAAUGGAGAAAAUAUGGUUUGUGUUAAAGAUAAUUAAACAUUUUUGGAAGUAAUUUGGGAGCGUUACCUUUCU